AAGAAAUGAAACGAUUUAUUCUGCUGUGAGUCAGGCAGCCUGAGGGAGCUGAACCACAUGUAAAUAUUGUUGUGACUAUGAAGGCCUGCCAUGAUCCAACCAACACAGAACGCAUGAUUUAUGCACUCAGAUACCUCGUCAUUGCCUGUACUGUCUCACUCACUUCCCUGCCUUUCCAACAGGAUGGUUGUUCAUUUUUGAAGCAGCUGUACCAGUGGAAGAGAAGACCCAGUAAUGGACAGCUCUGACUUUGCACUGCCAGUUCUCACCAGUGAGCAACAGGGCAUUUUUCAGAAAGCUUUUACUUCUGAUGCUGAUUACUUUGAAACAUGUGAGAAAAUAAACCAGCCCUUCUGGAAAUCAUUAAUAAAAUGUUUAGGAACAAUUAUACCCUCCAUCCUGAGUACUGAAGAAACAAACAAUGUCCUUAACAGAAGCAAAGACUCUGAUCAGCGCGCAGCUGCCUUACAGGCCAUAGGAAAAAAAGGAGCUAAUGCAAUGGUUGUGCUUUACCUGCUGCUGAAAGUGAACGAUCCCUCUUGCUACAAACAGUUGCCUAGCUCCAAGGGAAAUGAUGAAAAGCUGAAACUACUUCAGAGACUGGAAAAGAGUUUCAUGCUUUCACAACAAAAAAGAAAGGCUGAACGUUCAUCCAAGGAGUCUGAAGACAGAGAUUCACAAGACGUCACUGAUAAAGCAAACAUCGCUGUGGCAACUGUCAAACCACUUGUGCACAAAGAAAGUCAGGAAGACCACAAAAAGGAUGCUCAACAUGAUAGUGAUGCUGACCAGGAAGAUUUAGAGACAGAGAAGAUGGAAACCCAGUUGCUUGCAGGUGCAUCAACAGAGACUGUUCCCUACAGUGACGCAGAGAUUGCUAGACGAGAAGAUGCAGUUGCAGAUGCAUAUGAGAAUCACAGUGAUCACUGUGAUCAGAGAUCCAGGUGGUGGAUGAGCAUUCGGAAAGAUGAUGAAUUCUUUCAUUUUGUCAUUCUUUGCUUUGCCUUUGGAGCCUUACUGGUUUGCUAUUACCACUACAAAGACUGGAUCAUUUCUCUUGGUAUUGGUUUAAUCACCUUUGCUUCCCUAGAAACCACAGGGAUUUACUUUGGUCUGGUGCACAGAAUCCGCAGAGUCCUUGAGGGCUUUAUUCCGCUGAUUCAGAGAUUCAGACCAACAGGCAUCAGCAAACCUGACUAAACAGAAGAAUCCUAGAGAAUUCAGCAAGUCCCUGGAUUCCUGGAUUUACUGUAUUAAAGUUAAUAAGCUAUUUUAUGGUGCAGUCAUACAAAUCUAAUGACUAAUAUAGAAUAUUGAAGUGUUAACCAUCAAAGAUGCAUUAUCCUCUGCACUAGGGAAGAGUUGUACCCGUGGUGUUUCUGUCUUUCAUUCUGAAGUGCUUUGUGGCUCAUUGCAACUACCUGUAAGGCAAACUGGGGUUAGGGUAUACAUUCAUGCUAAGCCAGAUGUUUUAGUUCAUCAUGUUAUUUUCCCCAUAUAUAAUAAUCAUGUUGAUCUCACUCAAAAUCUGAAAUCAAUGGUAGGGUUCAUAUCAUCCUUAGUGGGAUCAUGGUUAAGACCAUUAAUACUAGAAAAAGGGCUCAAGUAGCUUUUAGGGGGGGUCUUUCCUUCUCUCACAUUUCACCUCUGGUUUACUUGUCAUGUCGCUGAGGUCUUCCUUGUUACCUGAGUGUGAUUUGGGAAUAUUCUUCCAUGAGCAGAGCCCUGAAUUGCCACAGUAGCAUGCAACAAGCAUAUCCUUUAUCUCAAGGAGACAAAACUCUGGCAUUCACCAAGCCUCCUUCACUGCUCAUGAGACUGCAAGGGGGGCAAAUCCAUUUCUUGCUUGCCCAGUUGAACACCAAGGUCACGUCUGCAGACCUGUCUGAAGCACUACACACCACACAUUUAGGUGUUCCCCAUACUCCUACCUUGCAGUAUGGGUAUUUUUUGACCCUGGGAGAUCCCGGGGUCAAGAAAAACUACAUAGAAAAAAAGUGGAGUGGCACAUGUGGCAGCAGCACAUACUGCCCAAAACCGGAGCCUGGCCCACCUGAGCCAUGAAUGCCGGCUAGGUUCCCAGCUGCAGGAGUGACAUGGCUGCAGCUCCUUGAGGGCCCCAGGAUUCCAGGUAAGGCAGCUGGGGCUAGCACAUUUGCUGGCCCCAGCCUCCCCUACCCCACACGGGGUAUUCUGCCGCAUGCUAGAGGGUGUGUGGCACAGGCAUACCCCAGGGACAAGAAGCAGCGACACAAGAUGUGCUACUGAUUCUUGUCCCCAGGGAAACAAACAUCUGCACUCGUGCAGACGUGGCCCAACAGUCCAAAUAGGUUUGGAGCAGAGUAAUUUGUGGCACAACUAAUUAAACUGGUCUUAUGAUUUGCAUUGAAAGCAGUGUGAGCUUUUCCAUGCAGUGAGGUGAGAUACACAAAGAAGUGAAUAUUAGGGACAGCAAAUGUCGUUUCUCUUCCUCUGACAGCACUUUGAGGAAAAACAAAUGACUGUUUAAAAUAUAUCUUUUUCCCAUGAAAUAACAGUGUGAAUACAUUGGUCCUGUCAUUGUGCAGGUAGUGUUUAUGAAUGCAUUUGUUUGACUAGAAGGGCAGCAAAGCUCUAGAGCAGGGGCUGUCAACCAGGGAGGCCCUGGGGGUACGCAUGGGGAUGGAGCGCUGCCACUCACCACCCUGCGCUACCUCCCAGGAGCAGGGCCAGGGUGGGGGGAAGGCACGAGGGCAGCAGUGCUCGUCUGUGGGCUGCACAAGUGCCACCUGGGCGCGGGGUGGGGAGCUCGCACAUGCUGCCAUCCAGCCCCCCUGACCGGCGUCCACUCACACGCCCCCCCAGCCACUGGGGGUAUACCUAUUAAAAAAAGGUAAUAGCAAGUGUGGGCAGGGAAAUGUGUAAAAAUUGAAGAGGCAGAUUUGAGGACAAGAACCCAACAGGCCUAUUUUUAAUAUAAGCAAACUGUCACUUGCAAUCUUGUUUAAAAAACUAGAAGCUGUAAGCAUUAAUUUUUAAGCAUGUAUGCAUCUUUCUUUAUUAAUUUAGUUUUACUGGUUUGUAAAGGGGUACUGCCAAUUGUAUUUUAGCCUGUAAAAAAAAAAAUGAGUUAAGUUGUAAAUUAAGCCAAAAUAUUAAAAAUAGUAUUUUUCAAA